ACGUGUCUGGAGAACGGCGUCACAGAUGCCACCGUCUUCGAAGGGCGGGACGUCAUCGGCGGCCAGUGGAACUACGAGGACCCUGACCCUGAGACCGGGGAGACAGCCUCGUCCAUCUACGACAAUGUGACGCUCAAUUCGUGCCGUGAUACGUCCUCCUUCAGUGACUUCCCCAUUGACCCAGCCAGGUACCCUGAUUACUUCGGCCAUCGCCAGUUUCUGCAGUACAUACACGAGUAUGUCGAGCACUUUGGGCUGGCCGCGUACAUCAAGCUGCAGACAAAGGUCAUCUCCUGCAGGCAGCAGCAGCAGCAGCAGCAGCGGAAAACCGGCGAUAAUCCCGGCAAAUGGACCGUCGUCUACCAGCAACAAGGCCAUGGGCCCGUAGAGGCGGUGUUUGACGCCGUGCUUGCAUGUACCGGGACCCUGUCGAAGCCGAUGAUACCGGACUUUGCCGGCAGGGACAAGUUCCAGGGUGAGCUCUUCCACAGCCACACCUACCGCAAGCCGGCGAGGUUCGAGGGCAAGAGAGUCGCCAUCAUCGGGUUUGGCAAUUCAGCCGCCGACCUCUCUUCUGAAAUCAGCUCGGUGGCCAGUGAGGUGCAUUUGAUUACUCGCCGGGGCGGCUGGGUGAUUCCCCGGUACGUCCUCGGCAAACCCGCCGAGGCGUGGGACAGUCGACUAUUUGAGACAAUACUUCCCAAGUGGGCCUCGGAAUGGUGCCAGAUGAAGCUAUGCGAGGCCGUCGUAGGCUCGCUGCCGGAAGAGAUCAAGCCGCAGCAUUCGCUCUUCCAGGCCAAUCUGACUGUUCGAAGCGACCUGCUGGAGAACAUCCGGACAGGCCGUAUCACUGCCCACAGGGCUAGUAUUGACAGGAUAACAGAUUAUGGCAUCGUUCUAACCAAUGGGACGACCCUGGAAGUAGAUGUCAUCAUCUGCUGUACAGGUUAUGACAUCGACCUGCCGUACCUAUUGGACGAGUACUACCGGAUGCAGGAGAAGGAUAGCGUGCUACCAGCCAGAAACAGUCUUAACCUGUAUAAGCUCGUUGCCGCCCCAAGGUAUCCAAACCUCUUUUGUAUCGGUUACGUGCAUCUUGAGGGGCCGCUGGUCCCAGUUGCUGAGGCGCAGGCAAGAUGGGCGGUGGGUGCAAUUACGGGGAAAGUUACGCUGCCUUCCCCAGACGAGAUGGAGAGAUCGGUCUAUGCGUAUCAGGAGGAGCUGGCCUCUCGGAUGGUUUCUUCGGAUAGACACACCACAAUAGUCAAGUACUUGCCGUACUGCGAUGACCUGUUCAGUCAGCUGGACGCCGCCCCGACCUUCUGGCGUUUGUUCCAGCGGAUCUUCACUUCUAACCCAGUACAGGCUUACCAGGUGCUGAUAGCAGUGUACUUUGGCCUCAAUUCGCCUGCUCAGUACCGGCUCUUUGGCCAUGCAGGGAAGCCUGACCUGGCAGCUCAGAUACUUCUCAGGCUCUCCAAAGGGGAUAACAAGAUGACAGAAGAAGAAAAGGCGUAUAUCCAGAGCACAGCACAGGUCUGA